UCAUAAGGUUGGUAUCUGCGACCCCCAAGAUCCCACGGUUUAAAUACAUCGAGUGAAAAUGCUCCGAAUUCACCGUAAACUUUCACAUCAGGGAAGAGUAAUUCAAAUGGGAGUAGUGCAUUAGCCGAUAAGUCAGUUAACCUAAAAGUUAGGUUGGACUUGUUCUUUAAUUACUUCUCAGAACAUGAACUCUUGACCCCUCAAAUGGGCUAGACUUUUUCACAAGUGGGAACCUAGAAAAGAAGUUUCACUCUUCAAAUUCAACUACAUGGGAAGAAAUCCGGAGGAAAUUGCUUUGCAUGUUUCCUGGCCACUCCUUCCUCAUCACUUCCUCAUCACCUUCACGAAAUGUCAGAAGACUGAAACUGGUCUCGGUCAAAGUCAGCGGUCAGAAUAGUUUUUUUUAUAUUAUACUUAGAAGAAUUAGCCACAUCCAUCUCUUUCACACUUCAGUCUUCGGAGAAGGUGAAUAAGAAAAGAAUUUCUCCAUCCUCAGCAUGCCUCUCUGAACUCUAAACCCUCGUUCCACAUCAUAUUCUCCACCCAUGAGAGCGUGAACUUACUCAAAUGGGUGACGCAGCCCCUCUCCUUCUCUCCUCCCCUUCACACUCCAUCCUCGUCUUCGUCCUCGUCGUCCUCCUAGUCCCACGAGCUCUUUUAUGCGAGGGAGACGACUAUGUCCACUAUACCGAAUGCUGCCGCUCUUUUAGUUGCGGAACCGUCCAAAAUUUAACUUAUCCUUUCUGGGGAGGUGGCCGACCCCAAUUCUGUGGACUUGAAGGAUUCAAGGUCGAGUGCUAUGAGGAGCAGCACCCUAUUCUUGAGUACCAAGCGCAAAAGUACCGAGUCCUCAAGAUUGAUCAACAUCUUCGUACGAUGACGAUCGCGAGGAUGGAUCUGAUGGACGGUACGUGCUUGCGCGUGUUUUGGAAUACUAGCACGAUGGAGUCCACUCUCUUUAAUAUGACCCCAGCCGUUGGGAGCCUCAGCAUCUUCUACGGAUGUUUGGGCACGUUGAAGAACAUAAGCAACGAGUUCGAGUGCUUCUACAAUGUCUCCAGGAAGUCAGCUUUCUAUAUGGAAGAUGUCUUCUUGAACAGAAAGCUCCCGUUUGACGUAACCUGCUGCCUCACGAGCAUCAAGGUUCCCGUUCUUCAUAACACGCUCGAUGAUCUCGGAAGAGGCAAUAUCAGCUUGCUGGAAGCUCUGAAUCGAGGGUUCGAUGUUCAGUAUAGUGACCAACCUGAGUGCUCGGCAUGUACUUCUUCUGGCGGGUUUUGCGGUAGCAACUCCUCUUCUCCAUCAUCUAGUUUCACGUGUUAUUGCCGCGACAAACCCUACGCUCGUACCUGCAAUCACCCUGGUACGUUCUUUAGGUAGCAUUCCCAGGUGAUCAUUCUCAACUUCAUUUGGUGGGUUCUUGUUUAUAUCGGCGCGUGAGAUUCUGUUUUCGACGGCGUAGAAUAUGCACGAAAAUCACUAAACCUUGAGCUGCUGCGGAGUUAGUUUCACUUAGUACCUCGAAAGAUCAUACGGCCAAUGGACCCCAAGAAUUUGUUGAGAGAAAACUCGAUUUGAUCGAGUGUGAUCCGCUUGUUUCUUUAGUUGGAAAUUCGAUGGCUCCAUACUUUGUUUUGUCCUCCUCCAUCUAAGAACAUCAAGCGACAAGAAUUAAGACUUUUAUUUCAUCAUUCUUUGUGGUGGCGCGAAGCAAGACGAAAUUUCAACUUAGCCACUGCUUGGCCAGCAAUUCUUCAUGUGAGAGAGAGUCGUUUUCGCUGACUAGUCACGAAGAUCAUGUUGAAAUGUCAAUGGUCAACGGAGAAGGAGCUCCUGAGAAGCGCCAUCUAGAUUGGACUUCAUUUUAGCCCCAGCAUACCUUUCGAUUUAGGCCCAUAAAAAUUCCCAAAACUAUGGGUCCACCGAUGUGGAUUUGAGCCCAUAAUUUUAGACUAUAGGGUCCGUGAAGUCAAUAUCUGUUAAAUUUGCAACAUAUUAUAUAUAUA